UGUUUUCUCCUCCCCUCUCAUCCUCCCAACAGCAAGUCGCAGCCAGCCCAGCCUCUGCUUCUUCCAGCAACACAGGGCCUGGCAAGGAGGAGAGGGGACCACACUGAACCCACCCCCACACACACACACAGGAUGGGAGAGGGGGGUGAAGAGCCCCAGGAGCUGCCGAAGGAGCAGAGCACCAACUAAAAUGAAGAUGAGACCUUUCUCUGUCUCCAAGAGCUCAGUAGGGAGCUCCUCCCUUCUUGGUUACACCAUAAUCUUCAUUUGUCUUCUUGUUCACAAGUUGGACUCAGCACACUUUUCAGUGAUUGGACCCGAUCACCCUAUCACCGCUUCUGUAGGUGAUGAAGUCAUAUUAGCCUGUCGCCUGUCACCCAGCAUGAGUGCUAAGAACAUGGAGGUGCGAUGGUACCGGGCUCAGUUUUCUUCAGUUGUGCACCUGUACCGUGAAGGGAAGGAUCAGUAUACGGAGCAGAUGUCAGAAUAUCGGGGAAGGACAGAGUUUCUGAAAGACGGCCUGGCUGACGGAAGAGUUGCCUUGAGGGUAGGCAAUAUCAGACUCUCUGAUUCAGGGCUGUACAAGUGUUUCUUUCAAUCGGAGUUCUCAUAUCAAGAAGCUGCAUUGGAGCUACAGGUAUCAGUUUCAGGUACUAAUCCCCUGAUCUCUAUUGAGGGUUACCAGGACGGAGGUAUCCGAAUGGUGUGUCAAUCGGGUGGAUGGUAUCCAGAGCCUCAGUCGUUGUGGAAGGAACUCCAAGGACAGCCUCUUCCAUCAUUGCCUGCAAAAUACUUCCGUGAUGAAAACGGCCUGUUUCAGACUGAAUCAGUACUUAUUGUAAGAGAAAAUUCCAACCGGAAUCUGACCUGCAUAAUCAGAAACAACAUCCUGAACCAAGAAGAAGAAUCAAGCAUUUAUAUAGCAGAUUCUUUUUUCCCGAAGAUCUCCCACGUGACAGUGAUUCUCCUGUCACUAAACCUGUUGGUUUGGGGUUUUUUCAUUCCUUUGCCUAUUUACUAUUUAUGGAAGCAAUACAAAGAAAAAGAUUCUCUGCACUCUAAAUUGAAAGUCUUUGAAGAAAAACUACGAUUUCAAGUGGAGAAAGAGAAAGAAAAAUAUCUUUCAGGAUUUGUGCUCAGAAAAGCCCGAAGAUUUGCAGUGAAUGUGACUCUGGAUCGAGAAACAGCACAUCCUGAACUCUGGGUCUCAGAGGACCUCAAAAGUGUGAAAUGUGCAGACAUAACGGAGGAACAACCUGAAGAUCUGGACAUUGUUGAUUCUUAUCGCUGUGUCCUGGGCUAUGAGAGAUUUAACUCUGGGAGACAUUAUUGGGAAGUGGAGCUUAAGAACAAGACUAUGUGGCACUUGGGGGUUUGUGCUGACUCAGAAAACAGGGAGAGGUACAAAAGUAUAGCACCUGAAGGUGGAUACUGGGCCAUAAGAUUGUGGAAUGGAGAAUGCAAAGCCCUCUCCACUCCUCGGACAACAAUCACCUUGGAAAUGAAACCCACGAGGGUUGGGAUUUUUCUGGACUAUGAAGCAGCAGAGCUCUCAUUUUACAAUUUGUCUGAUGACUCCCAUAUCUACACUUUCAAAUAUAUCUUCCCUGGGACACUCCGGCCUUUCUUCAGUCCAGGUGUAUAUGGAUCUAAAGAGGCUGCUCCCCUGACCAUCUGCCCAGUUAUAGACUGGCAAUGAAGGACACAUUGUCAUUCACAACUACUAUUACAAUUUUCUAGCUAUGUCAGACUCACACAGAAAAAAAAAAAGGUAAAAUGUCUGAUGAUGGGGAAAUAUCAAGUCGAGCUGGUUGAAAAUUGAAAGACAAAAUGUUUUUUCUUCGGAAAAUACCAUUUCAUCAAUAUCUGAACUUUCCAUGGGAGUGUGUCGAUUUCAGCAAAACUUAGUUUAGAAAAAAAAUUAAACAAAGCAUUUCAUUAAUGUUGAAAUGCCCCUUUUGAUACUUACGGAACAAAAAUUUUGAUUUUUUGUUUCAAAAUGACCUUUGUUUAACAUUUUAUUGUAUAUAAUAUAAUAAAAGGAAUAAAGGCAAAAUUGAAACAAUCUUUUAUUUAAAUAGAUUUGUACUAAUCUUGCCAGGUCCCAGUCAAACUACUUAUGCUAAACAAUCUGUUCCACCUUGCAUUGUGCUGUGAUGCUCGGAGUACCUUUCCCAGCCCUGCAGAAGAGCUCUGUGUGGCUUGAAAGCUUGUCUCUUUCAUCAAGGGAAGUUGGUCCAAUAAAACGUAUUAUCUCACCUGCCUUGUCCCCCAAGAGAGACAGAGUUUAGCCCUAGAUUGGAUACAAGCUACCACUGGCUUGAACAGUGGCAUCUGGACAUGCCCUUGAGCUAUUCAACUUCAUGAGAAAUGGUACACUCAAAAGUCUGUUGGCUGACUUUUCUGGGCAUGCUCAGUGUAAUCAGUUUAACUCAUGAGCGUUAGGUAGGUGACUAACCUGAGACCUAGCUCUCCUGCCAACAUCAUUUUUAAAGGGACAAUAGAUGCCAUGCAUUAGCUAUGAUAUAUGUGCAGAGCUAGCACCGGCGCUGACUUUAAUUUUUCUGAG